CUGUGACGCAAGCAAAGCAAUCCCUUCUCUCUCUCAACCUCUCCUUCACACUCGCUCCCAAACCCCUUCAAAAACUCCACCUUCAUCAUGCCUCAAUCCCCCACCAACUCCCACUUCCUACCCAUUCGAUGCGUUUGGGUAAACGGACCCAUCAUCGUCGGCGCCGGGCCAUCAGGCCUCGCAACCGCCGCCUGCCUCAAACACAAAGGAGUCCCCUUUGUCAUCCUCGAACGCGACGACUGCAUUGCCUCCUUAUGGCAACGCCGCACCUACGACCGCUUGAACCUCCACCUCCCAAGAAAGUUUUGCGAGCUCCCACGCUUCCCCUUCCCCAAACACUACCCAAAGUACCCCAACAAGAAGCAAUUCAUCGACUACUUGGAGUCCUACGCCCGCUACUUCGAUAUCUGUCCGAGGUUUAAUGAAGAAGUGACGUCAGCUAGGUAUGAUGAGACUUGUGGUUUGUGGCGCGUGAGAACCGCGUGUGCGCAUGGUGAGGUGGAGUAUAUGGGGCGGUGGUUGGUGGCGUCCUCCGGCGAGAAUGCAGAGAAGGUGAUUCCGGCCAUAGAAGGGAUUUUGGAGUUUGGUGAUGGAGUUUCGCACGUGUGUGAUUACAAGUCUGGGAAGGAGUAUGCUGGGAAACGUGUGCUUGUUGUUGGAUGUGGGAAUUCCGGCAUGGAGGUUUCUCUAGAUCUCUGUGACCAUAAUGCAUUCCCGUCAAUAGUGGUUCGUGACUCGGUUCAUGUUUUGCCAAGAGAAGUAUUUGGGAAAUCCAUAUUUGAGGUGGCGGUUUGUUUGAUGAAAUGGUUGCCUCUGUGGCUGGUUGACAGAAUAGUGUUGAUCAUCUCAUGUCUGGUGCUUGGUAACGUUGAGAAGUAUGGCUUGAAGAGGCCAUCUACAGGUCCCUUGGAGCUCAAAAACACUCGCGGAAAAACGCCAGUUUUGGAUAUUGGUGCACUUGAAAAGAUCAAGUCAGGCGAAAUAAAGGUUGUUCCUGGAGUGAGAAGGUUCCUGCCUGGAAAAGCACAGCUUGUUGAUGACCGAAUACUCGAUGUCGACUCAGUUAUAUUGGCCACUGGAUACAGUAGCAAUGUUCCUUCAUGGCUGCAGGGGACUGAUUUCUUCUCAAACGGUGGUUUCCCAAAGAACCCGUUUCCCAACAGCUGGAGAGGGGAAUCUGGGCUCUAUGCUGUUGGCUUCACAAAGAGGGGGAUCUCAGGUGCAUCUUUUGAUGCAGUUAGAGUUGCAGAAGAAAUUGGCAAAGUGUGGAAAGAGGAAACUGGGCAGCAGAAGAUGCAAGGAUCAUGCUAUCGGAGAUCCAUCUCACAGUCUUAAGCUUCUGAUUUCUCAUACUGACUAAUUUCCUCCCUGAACCAUGAUUCUUUUGCUAAGAAACUGAUUUGUGUGACUGUAAAUUUAAACAUAGAGUCCUCACUCAAAAG